CUGCCAUGGAGCGAGCCCCGAGCUCCAGCACCUCCCUGACCCUCAGCUCUGGGGAGGGCUUCUCCAUCUGCCAGGACGUCAAGAACUUCGCUCCGGAGCAGCUGUCGGUGAAGGUGGUGGGCAGGAAGGUGGUGCUGGUGGGGCAGAAGGAGACGCAGAACGUCGAUGAGAAGGGCUCCUUCUCCUACAAGUACGAGGUGUUGAAGCGGGAGUGGGACGUGCCCGAGGAGGUGGACGCGGAGGCGCUGACCUGCUCCCUGUCCAAGGAGGGGCAGCUCCGCAUCGAGGCCCCCCGGCUGGCCCUGCCCGCCGCCCCGGAGAGGAGCGUCCCCAUCCAGGUCAGCCCUGCAGCCCCACAGCCCGGACCAGCCCCUGAGAACGGAGCCACCACCAAGGCCCAGGUGUAAUGGGAGGGGAACCGAUGGCCCACGGCAGGACCGGAGGAGACCAGCUGCAAGUCUUGGGUUUUGGCCCAGACAAGCUCCAUAAGCAAUGAUGUAAUUUUUUUUUGCUAUACUGGAAAGUUUUUGUAUCCAAUAAAGAUACUUUUGCAUAGAA